GGUGGCUACUUCCGGUAGGGUCGGCCCGCCCCUAACGCAGGGUGGUGACUUCCGCCUAACCAAAAAAGUGGACCAGGCAGAGGAAACCGACUGGUUUCAGGGCUGAAAAAAUGGAUAGUCAAGGACGGAAAGUGGUGGUUUGUGACAAUGGAACCGGGUUUGUCAAGUGUGGCUAUGCCGGGUCUAACUUUCCAGAGCACAUCUUCCCAGCACUGGUUGGCAGGCCAAUCAUUCGCUCUACAGCCAAAGUGGGGAACAUCGAGAUUAAGGACCUGAUGGUGGGCGACGAGGCCAGCGAGCUGCGCUCCAUGCUGGAGGUCAACUAUCCCAUGGAGAACGGCAUCGUCAGGAACUGGGAUGACAUGAAGCACCUUUGGGACUACACCUUCGGGCCCGAGAAGCUCAACAUUGACUCGCGCAACUGCAAGAUUCUACUUACUGAGCCGCCCAUGAACCCCACCAAGAACCGUGAGAAGAUCAUCGAGGUGAUGUUUGAGACGUACCAGUUUGCCGGGGUGUACAUCGCCAUCCAGGCUGUUCUUACGCUCUACGCCCAAGGCCUGCUGACCGGCGUGGUGGUGGACUCUGGUGACGGUGUCACCCACAUCUGUCCUGUGUACGAGGGCUUCUCGCUGCCACAUCUGACCCGCCGGCUGGACAUCGCCGGAAGGGACAUCACACGCUACCUCAUCAAGCUGCUGCUGCUGAGGGGUUACGCCUUCAACCACUCGGCAGACUUUGAGACUGUGAGGAUGAUGAAGGAGAAGCUGUGCUACGUGGGCUAUAACAUCGAGCAGGAGCAGAAGCUGGCCCUGGAGACCACCGUGCUGGUGGAGUCCUACACGCUCCCGGACGGCCGGCUGAUCAAGGUGGGCGGGGAGCGCUUUGAGGCGCCCGAGGCCCUCUUCCAGCCCCACCUCAUCAACGUGGAGGGGGUGGGCGUGGCCGAGCUGCUCUUCAACACCAUCCAGGCUGCGGACAUCGACACCAGGUCAGAGUUCUACAAGCACAUCGUGCUGUCUGGGGGCUCCACCAUGUACCCCGGCUUGCCGUCCCGUCUGGAGCGGGAGCUCAAGCAGCUGUACCUUGAACGUGUGCUGAAGGGAGACGUGGACAAGCUGUCGAAAUUCAAGAUCCGCAUCGAGGACCCGCCACGCCGUAAGCACAUGGUGUUCCUGGGCGGGGCAGUGCUGGCCGACAUCAUGAAGGACAAGGACAACUUCUGGCUCACACGCGAGGAGUACCAGGAGAAGGGCAUGCGUGUUCUGGAGAAGCUGGGAGUGACCGUCAGAUAAAGUCUCCUCCCUCCCUCCCUCUCCCCCUCCCCCUGUCCCAGAGAGAUCCCCCUUCCCCUUCCUCCCCCCCCCCCCCCCCAUCUCUGUUUGUCCAUACAUGCAAACCAUCAGCCAACUCCACAUCACCUUGAUUAUGUCACUAAUAUUCAUCCCAGUCCCAUCCCAUCGCUCACAUGGAUCUGUUUUUUCUUUUGUUCUGGAUUUGCGCGCACACACACACACACGCGCGCGCGUACCAAUUUGGAAAGGCAAAAAAUAAGGGAAGGUAGGAGAGUUUGGGCCAAGCGUUCAGGAGACCCGGGCCCCUGAAUGGAUACGGAUAAAACGCCCCCGUACAACAACGUAAGGAACAUCCUUUUGGUUCAGUGGCCUCAAGCGCCGCAGGAGGGUAGGGCGUUGAAGUGGUCUCCAGACAUCUGGGAGGAAGGGAUGUGUUGCAUGAUGUUGUUCUGUUAUCCCUACACUCCUCUGGGAAUACUCUCCUCCACCCCACCCCCUACCAAGCUUUGGAGGGCUGUUGGGAAUGUUGUGAUGAGGAUGAUGAUCAUCUUACUCACCAUAAAGAGUUCCACUCCACACUCUUAUCCCUUUCAGACAAAAAGAUGUUCUCUACAGUGAGAAGGCUGAGAAUGAUCGUCUGCGUGUUUUUUCUUCCUCUAACCGUUAUUUAUUCAAUAAUUUGUUUGUGGUGGAUAUCAAAUAAGUUUUAUUUUCCUUAAUUCAAAACGGCUGCAUGAUGUUUUUGGAGGUGAAAGAGAAGGAAACACACCAUGGAACGGUUUGUUGGAGACAGACGGCCAGGUGAAGGGACGACAGCCAUCUUGUUGGAGUCAUCUCUGCCAGCUCUCGGGUCGACGGCAAUCUUGUUUAAGUCCUCUCUGCCGGCUCUCGGUCUCCUUGAGGCACUGGCUGCUCCUCCUCGGCCUCCGCUCCACUAGUUGGCCAAGGGCUACUACAAGCCAGACACGCUUUUUGUAUUUGCGGAGUUACACAGCCAACUCCUGGACACAGCCUUUGGUGUUGUCUUGAAUAUAUUUCCUCCCUCAUUUGCUUUGAGUCCCCAAGAGGUGGUCUUUGUCUUUGGUGUGAGUCCCCCCUUCUGUCCAGGAGGUGGUCUUUGGUUUGAGUCCCGCCUUCUUUCAAGGAGGUGGUCUUUGGGUUGAGUCCCCCCUUCUGCCCAGGAGGUGGUCUUUGGUUUAAGUCCCACCUUCUGUCCAGGAUUUGGUCUUUGGGUUGAGUCCUCCCCUAAGCCCAGGAGGUGGUCUUUGGGUUGAUUCCUCCCCUGAGCCCAGAAGGUGGUCUUUGGAUUGAGUCUCAUGAAGGCCACAAGGCUCUGGGUCUCCAGGGAUGCCAAUUUAGUGUUUAGUUUUUUUAAGUGUUGCAUUUGAAGGUUUGCUGAACAUUUAUAAUGGUAUCGGUUGAGUUUCUUUUAGCUUAGCUAAGGACUAAACCUUGUAAUACGGAAACACAACCACCAGUGCAUAUACGGGAGUUAUGGGGUUGAACACAGCGGUUGGUUUCCUCAUGUCUAGGGAUGUCAUUCCACUCAGGGCAAUCAUUUGCCACACUUAAAAUUUGAG